AGCCGCUAGGCGACGUGGCGCUCACCGGCGCUGCCGUCGCGACCAGGACUCGCGGCCUCUCUCAAUAAACAUAUAACCGGUUAUUGUAUCGAGCAAGCGUUUAUAGACAAAAAAUAUUACAGUCCGCUAAAAGAAAAGGAAGUUCGCAAUUCUUCACCCAAACACAAACAAUAAAAUUGAUCCUUCGAGCCGGAUCCGGGAUCAAAAAGCCAGAGCAAGCAUUAUCGAGUUCAGUUCGAUAUUGACGAUCAAAGACAAACGUGCAAUAAACGACAAUCAAGAUCUCGUCAGAAGUUAUCGCUGGAUUACGCAAGGCACGAAGCUACGUAAAGGCGAAGCUCUCCCGAUUGAGGACGCAAACAUUGCAGAUUAUCCAAGAGGAGGGUGAAAUUAAUCGAGAGCAUGCAGAAGCUAGGUUAGACAAAUUAGAGGAAAUUUAUCGAGGUUUCGAAGCUAUUCAAUGGCAGUUGUUAGACCAGAUGGAUAACUUACACAAAAAAAAGAGAGGUGCAAAUAUUACGAGUGAGCAAAAAACGCUUUUAAUAGAGUACAUGAACAAGCACCCUGAAUUAGUAAAAGGAAAAUUAACUUCUUCGUUUACUUUGAAAGAUUCCAUACGCUUGUGGAAUGAAAUAAGUGAAAUUUUUAAUUCCAUUAAUGGAGCUAAAAAAGAAUGGAAAGAUUGGCGUAAAUGCUGGCAUGAUUUCCAAUCACGAAUUAAAAAGAAACAUAUUCUUAUAAAGCAAUCUAGAGCAACAACAGGAGGUGGUGAACAAAAUGCAGAAGUUUUAACAGAACAAGAAGAACAGGUUCUCAAUAUAAUGAGUUCCACUAGUAUUUAUGGACAUCCUGAUGUGGAAGAAUCUAAUAUAAAUAUAUUGAUAGAUUCAGAAGAUGAUAUGCAAGUGGAAUUCUUACAUGAGUAUGAAAAUGUAAUGAUAAAUUCUAAUGAACAGAACAAAAUUCCAUUUCAAAAGAAACAGAUUGAUACUUCUAUACAUUCUGACAGUAAUAACUGCAAUAUAUUAAUGCUCCAAAAAAGAAAAGCAGUUAUAGAGAAUGAAUUAUCGAAUGAAAAAGAAAAUAUUAAUAGAACACGAAAUAAUGAUAUAGAAAACCAGUCUUCUUCCAAAGCAGAUAAAGCUCUUGAAGAUAUUGGAACAUCAUUAAAUACAAAUUAUUUGGAACAGGACAAAACCUCA